UAUGUUUUUGAUAACUCACGCACAUUUUGUUUCAGCAAUUUAUAGUUUGAGCGUUCCUUUUCGGUGUUUGGAAGGUUCGCACCUGAUCGCAGGCUCAAUGCAUUCAACUAUGAGAGUCAAUACUGCGGCUUUAUACAAAACUAAACAAUUUUGGGCCAAAUAAAUACCAAUGUAACUGUAUAUGUCUAUGUAUGUAUGGCUAAUUGUGUAUAUAACACAUCAUUAAAGCUAUAAAAGCCGCAGUCGUCACUUUGUUUGGCCGACUGUUUUGCAUUUUAUGCGAGUGUGAUUCCAACUUAAUCGUUGGCUAGUGACAGUCUCAGUCGUAAAUCGCAGGUGAUUCAGUGCAGUAUUCAACGCGGGCCGCACGUCGCCUCAUAUACCAAAUCAUUGUUUUUCUUUACGCAAUUUAACUUUUCGCUUUUGCGGCUAGUUCGCGAGUAAUUGGCACUAAUUUACGGGCAUAUCAAGCAGUCAUCUCACAUUUGUUUACGCUGACAAUACGCCUGCGCUCAAGCCAUCGCGCUGUGCCGCUGAGCUAACAGCUUAUAUUGUAACAUCGCUGGAAGUAAGAGAAAAAACAAAAAUCGCUACGAAUUAACCAAGUGUCCGAACAUUUGUCACUACAUAACAUAUUUACAUAAACUGCGAAUUUUAUGCCAAAUUACAACAGUUUCCACAUUGGCCUCUGGAGCGUUUACAAAAGUUUAAAGUGUUUAUGAGAAGCGUCAGUAUGUUGACUGAAAGUGAGAAUAAAAAUAACUUUUGGCUAUUGUGGUGCUUGUUACUCGCUUUCGGUGUCGUGUGUCAAAGCGCAGAAGGUUCUCACAUAAGCGCCAGAUACAAGUCAAUGGGUGUGGAUUUGUUCGACCACGAGUUUGUUAGUGCCCCAGAUCCCUUGGGUUCCAAUAUAGAAGAUUGGGAUGAAAGUGAAACCGGAAUGGAUGAUCCGGAAACAAUGCCACGCCUCUUUCAAGGUGAUAUCGCUAUAGACCCGUACACUUAUAUAUCGCUUAGACUAGGCGUUAACCCCAUGAAGCAUCCAAAACGUCUGUGGCCGAACGCUACCAUCCCCUUCGAGAUCAGCCAUUUAUAUACGAACAACGAACGAAUGUCUAUUGAACGUGCGCUACAAACGUUCAAUGCUUUGACUUGUGUUAAUUUCGUACCAUAUGAUGGCGAGGAAGAGGACUACGUACUUAUUACGCCGCCAGUAGAUGACGCGCCGGCAGGAUGUUGGUCGUAUGUAGGAAAACGUGGUGGAGAACAAGUCGUAUCCCUGCAACAACCAGACGAGACUAGCGCGCAUUGCUUCAGCAGCGAAGGUCGCAUUAUGCACGAGCUCAUGCAUGCGAUCGGAAUUUAUCACGAGCAGUCAAGAGCGGAUCGCGAUAACUUUGUAAAAAUUCAUUGGGAGAAUAUUGUGCCUAAAUAUCGUAAAAAUUUCAAGUUAAUUUCAAAAAAGAAGGGCAAACAUGCAUUUGAUUAUGAUUAUAAUUCUGUAAUGCAUUACGGCGAAUUCUACUUUAGCAAAAAGAAGGGGGAGAAGCCCACCAUGACGCCACUACAGCCAGGAGUUCGUAUAGGACAGCGGAAGACGAUAAGUAAAACAGACUGUAUGAAGAUCAACGAUUUGUAUGGCUGUUUGAACGGCAGACAUGCGAGAAUGUACAGAAGUUUCUGCAAUUUAUUGGGUCUAUGAAAAUAUUCUCGAACAGUUAUUAAUAUAGUAUUUAUCUGGAUAAUAUUAUAUCUGAAUAGUUAUCAUUCUGUUUCUCCCAGACAUUUAUUGAAUAUAUUAAAUCAUAUUGAUUUGCAAUAUACUAACCGAAUUAACUAUAACUUUUUAAUGGUUAAAUAAUUUUUAAGGUUUCAAGAACAUUAAAUAUUUUCAAUCACGUAUGAUAGAGUUUUUCUUCUUUUAGUAAUUAUUUAUUUUAACAAUUUUUUUUUUAAUGAAGAAUAGAAUUUUUUUUGAAUCAUUAGUUUUUCAAGUAGGGUCUUUCCAUACAAGCGUCCUAUCGGUUAAGUCACCUGU